AUGACACAUCAACAACAAAAUGUACACGAACCACCAUCUUUAAAUUUCGAACAAUUUACAACUAAAUUAAAUCAAAAUUCAGCAAAUACCAUAGAUAAUGAUACACCAAUAACAUCAAGAAAUUCCAUAUCAUCAUUAAGUGAUCUACAACAAGAAUAUGAUCCUAUAUCAUCUUGUGAUUCUAAUCAAUUUUCAUCUAUACCUUAUAUUGAUUCAUCAUCAAUAGAUGAUUCUGAUAUAUCUGAUAAUAAACAAUAUGUAUUAAAUUCAUUAAAUCGUCAAACAUCAUUUUCUGAAACAGAUCUACUUGCAUCGUUACAUCGAAAUAAACAAUUGUCAACAAAUCAAUCUGAACCUGAUAUACCAUCAGAUGAUAUACUUUUUCUUGAAUGGGAUAAAGAACGUAAUCUAUUUCAAACUUAUAUUAAUUCAUUACGUAAAGAAAUACGUGUUCUUUUACAAGAACGUUUAGAAUAUCAAACACAAAAAUCAUUAAAUAAUGAUGAAAUGAAAAUUGAUUUAUUACAAAAAUCUUUAGAAGAAAAAAAUUAUAUUCUUGAACAAUUACAAACAGAUUAUGAAUUACUUAAAGAUAAAAAUACGAAUUUUCUACAUCAAAUAACACUAUAUAAAUGUGAUACACAAUCACAUAUAAAUAGUAUUGAUGAAUUAAAACAAAAGAUAAAUGAAUUAACAAUUGAUUUACAAAAUCAUAAACUUAUUAAACAACGUUUAGAAAUUUCAAUUCAUAAUUUAGAAGAUGAUUGUAAAAUUAUUGAUACAGAACGUAUUAAAUUAACAAAUGAUAUCAAAGAAAGUCAACAUAAUCAACAAGAUUUAGAAAAAUUAUUACAAAAAGCAAAUGUACAAAUUGCUGAGCAAGGUUCAACUAUUGAAAUGCUUCGUUCGGAAAAUGUUCAAGUACGUUCUCAAUUAUCAACGAUUCAACGUCGAAUGUUUCAAGAAAAACAACAAAUUAUGGAUUAUUUACGUCAAAUUGAAAAUGAUCUUAUAGAAAAAGAACAAAUAAAACAACGUGAAUUAUUAUUACGUCAAGAUUAUGAACAAUUACAAAUAAUAAAUAAACAAGAUCGAAAAGAAAUUGAACAUUUAAAAAAUUCGAUUAAUCAUGAUCAACAAAAAAUCGAAGAAUUACAAGAACAAUGUUCACAAUUAUUAAAUACAAUACAAAUUCAAGAUGAAGAAAAAAAACAAUAUAUAUUACAAUUAGAUAGUUAUCAAACUGAAAUAAAAAAACAUUUGAAUGAUGAACCUAUUGAUCAAUUGAUACCCAUAUCAAAUGAUCAAUAUCAAAGUGAACAAUUACUACAGACACCAGCUGAAUUCGUAUCGGAAUUGAAUAAUGAACGUGAUAAACUUCAGCAAGAUUUUGAUAAUUUAACUAUUCAAUAUAAAGAAUUAGAUCAAGAUUAUCAAGCAUGGCGAUUAUAUCAACAAAAUCAAUUAUUAAUAUUACGUGAUCGAUGUAAAUUAUGCAAUGAUACCGAUGAUAAUUUAUCUUUUGAUGAUCUUCUACAACAAAUUGAAAAUCGUUUUCGUAAUUUAGAAAAUGAAUGUGAUACACUAGCCAAUCGAGUCAUUGAAUUACAAGCAACAACUACACCAGAUAGUGAACGUGAAGAUAAACUUCGACAAGAUAUGAAAAUAUUAGCAAAUCAAUGUGCACAAUUAGAUGAAGCGAAUCGUGCAUGGCAACAAUUUCAACAGAAUCAACUUGAAAGUUUUCGAAAUAAACUUCAAUAUAGUCUACCAAUUGACAAUAAUAGUAAUUCGUUUGAUGAAAUAGCACAGCUUAUUGUUGAUCAUAUUAAACAAUUAGUAAAUGAACGUGAUACUCUCAUUCAUAAUAAUAUACAGACAACUGAAAAGCUUCAUAAUGACUUCGAAUCUGAGCCAAUUAAUAACAUUAAUAUACAACGACAAGAAUAUAUUCAUUCAAUACAUGAACAAUCACCAUCUCAAGAAAUAUCUAUUAAUAAUCUCACAUCUGCACCUAUGCUUAUGAAUGAACAUGAUGAAGAAAUUCGUAAGCUUCGUGAAAAUCUCGCUAACCUUACAACUCAAUGUACGCAACUUGAUGAAGCUAAUCAGGUACUUGUUUUGCAAGAACAAUUAGAUAAUAAAACUAAUGAUCUUGAGGAACAACAAAUGAAUGAUGAAUCAAAACAAAUAUCUAAAGGAAAUGAAUUAGAAUUUGUUCCAUUGAACAAUGAAGAAAAUGUUGAUGUUCUACGAAAAGAAUUUGAAGAUAUUGUGUCAAUUGAUUAUAAUGUUUCAUUUGAAGGAGUUGUUAGACAAAUCGUUGAUGAAAUGAAACGAGAACGAAAAGAACUAGAUGAACGUUAUGAAGCAUUAGAAAAAACAAACUAUGAUAUUCGAAUAGAAGCAGACAAUAAUAUGGAAUUAAUUCGAGAAUCUUGUCUUAACAGUAUAAAAGAAUUAAAUGAAGAAUUGUUAAAUAUGAAAGAAGAAUGUAAUGAAUUUGAGAGAAGAAAUAAAGAAUUACUUCUUGAAAUUGAAACUUUAAAUAAUCAAUUGAAUGAUCGAUCAAUAGUUGUUGGUCAACAUUCUCAAUCGAUUUCAAAUCUACUUGAGCAACAAAAUUCAGUUGUAUCAAAUGAAGAAUUUCAUGAUCAAGCAACAAGUAAUUCUGAUGAAAAUAAUCUUGCAACAACUCCAGUCAUUUUUGAAAAUAAUCCUAUACAAAUCGAUACGAUUGAUAAACAAAUUCAAACGGAAUCAUUCUAUCAAUUAUGGUCUACUGAUGAAGCUGAAAAGUUAUCGAAUAAUUAUGAAGAUGAUGAUGAUCGAUUAAAUGAAUAUAUUAAUGAAAUAUCUUCACUAUCACCAACUGAAGUUUCUAAUCAACUUAAUCAACAAUGUCAACAGAUAUUAUCGAAAGAAAAUCUUUCAUUAACUUCGUUUCCUAAUCUUGAAUCGAAUCAUUUAUCUUUACUUGCACUUCAUUCUCUCUAUACUCAACAUUUAACUGAUGAAGCUAAACAGUUAUAUAAUGAAACAAUUGUACGAGCAUUAAAACAAGAAUAUGAAUUAUUAAAUAAUGAAAAAACUGAUUUAAUUGAACAAUUAAAUUCUUUUCGAUUAAAAAAUGAUGAAUUACUUCAACAAAUUGAAUUAGAACAGAUACAUACAAAAGCUUUAAUUGAAAAAUAUGAAUUAAAUGAAAAUCAAUUAAAAAAUAAUUUAUUACAAUUAACUCAAGAAAAUCAACAAACAAUAGAAAAUAAAUAUGAAGAAUUAGAAAAGGAAUAUAAUCAAUUAAAACUAGAUUUUAAUGAACUUAUUAAUGAAAAUGAAUUAUUAAAAGAUUAUAAUGCACAAAUGUAUCAAGAAAAAUUUCAAGAAAAAGAAGAUAAUGGCUCGGUUGAAAGCAAAAAAUCACAUAAUGUUGAUAUUCAAUGUAAUUUAAAUUCUGAAGAUUCGAACUGGAAUAAUGAUUGGAAUGCAGAUACAACAAUAUCAACACAAGAUCAAGCAUCAAAUGAACAAGAAAUAAUUCGAUUGAAAACAAUUAUUGAAGAAAUUCAAAAUGAAAAUGAAAACUUACGAGUUUUAUCUAAUUGCAUCAAUAAUCAAUCAAUAUCUGUUAAUACUUUUACUCAAACAGAAACAGAAAAUGAAAAUAAUGAUUGGAAUGAAGAUGUCAUAAUACCACAAAUAUCAACAGUGGAUCAGACAUCGAAUGAACAAGAAAUAAUUCGAUUAAAAACAAUUAUUGAAGAAGUUCAAAAUGAAAAUGAAAACUUACGAGUUUUAUCUAAUUGCAUUAAUAAUCAAUCGAUAUCUAUUAAUACUUUUACUCAAACAGAAUAUGAAGAUAAUGAUGAAAUUUCAUCUGUAAAAGAUGAUUCUUCUAAACAAACUAUUGAUAAUCAAACUCAAACAGAUGAUCAACCACAAGAUAAAUUAACACAAACUAAUACGAAAUUAAAACGUGCUCUACAAACUAUCAAAGACAAAAUCAAUCGAAUAGUUAUUGAACAACCGGAAUUAUUUCCUGAGUCAACUGAUGAUACUAUCGUACGAUUAGAUCAUUUAAUUUCAGCUAUUGAACAACAAGCAAUACAAAUUGAUCUUUUGAAAACUAAAUCAGAUAUAUCAAUACCAACAUUAAGUGUACAAGAAAUUGAACAAAUAAUAGAAGAAAGAAAUCAACUUCAAAGUGAAAAAUUAACCAAUAAUGAGGAAAUUCAUAAUUUAAGAUCUCAAUUAGUUGGACGUGGUGAACAAGUACAAGAAUUGAAUGAGAAAUAUUCUGAAAUUGUAUCAAAUGUUGAGAAACCAAAUAUUGAAACUGUUGACAAUGAGACCCAAACAGAUGAACAACAAAAAGAUAAACUUGCGCAAAUUAAUAAUAAAUUGAAACGUGCAUUACAAAAUAUUAAAGAAAAAAUUCAACGAAUUGUGAAUGAAAAACCUGAAUUAUUUGUUAAUUCGAGUGAUGAUACUGUCGAACGAUUGGAUAAUUUACUUUCUGCUAUUGAAAUUUUACAAAACGAGCGCGAUCAUGCUUUGCAGAAAAUCGAUGAACUUCAAAAUACAAAUCGAGAUCAAAUUGAUAAUAUGUCGUCAUCGAUAACAACACAAAUCCAUUCGGAAGAUUCUCUAUCUGAAGAUUAUCAAAAACAAAUUGAUCAACUUCAAAAACAUCUUUCACAAAAAGAUGAAGAACGAAGUUUAUUACGUGAACGUUUGAAUGAAGUUGAAGUUGAAUUUCGAAAAACUCUAGAUGAUCAUGAAUCAACAGUAAAUAAAUAUGAAUUUCUUAAACAAGAACGAGAUGUAUUGAUUGAACAACAAGAAAUUUCCACCACUGAAAGUCAAAAUAAAAUCGAAGAAUUAGAAAAUGAAUUAGAUCAACUGAAGCAAUCGGCUAUUACUCAACAUGCACAAAUCCAAACCGACAAAAAUAUUCAAUCAUUGGAGACAGUAAUUAACCAACAAUCUCAGCAAAUUAUACAUCUAAAUGACAAAAACACAGAACUUUUAUCUCAAUUAGAAACCCAUGCUAAACUUGACCAUGAAAAGGAACAAACAGAAAAGCAAUUAGCUCAUUAUCAAAAGCAACUAAAAGAUCUCCUCAAACAAAAUACAAAUCUCACAGAAGAGCUAAAAAAAAGCACCAUAUCAUCACCUGUUGAAACUACAGAUAAUGAAAGUCAAACGGAUGAACGACAACAAGAGAAACUAGCUCAAGUCAAUAAUAAAUUGAAGCGUGCCUUACAAGGAAUUAAAGACAAGAUUCAUCGUGUCGUCAAUGAAAAACCUGAUCUCUUCGAUGGUGUCAGUGAAGAUACAAGUGAACGACUUGAACAUUUAAUCUCCACUGUAGAAAAUCAAGCAGCAUACAUUAAUAUAUUGCAAAGUGAACGUGAUCAAGUUCAAGAACAACUCACUUCACCAUCUGCUGAAAACAGUUCAUCGAUUGUGGAUGAUUAUCAACAACAAAUCCAUCAACUUCAACAGAAUCUCUUAGAAAAAGAUGAACAACAAAGUUUAUUGAAAGAAAAUUUAAAUAAAGUUGAAGCUGAACUAGAACAGAUACGAAAUGAUUAUUCAUCAAUAGUAACUGAAUAUAAGUUGCUUGUUCAACAACAAACACAAGAGUCACAAAAUAGUCAACUUGAAAUUCAGCAACUGAAAGAAUCAGCUGACCUGAAACAAUCAGUUACGCAUGAACAUAUCGAAACUCAAACAGAUGAAGAUAUUAAUGCAUUACAUGAACUGAUUGAAGAACAAUCUCAACAAAUGAAAGCUCUGAACGAAAUCAAUAACGAAAAGAAAGAACUUGAAGAGCGUCUUAAUGAACGUGAAAGUCAAAUUAAAAAUCUGAUGGAAGAAAUAGCUAACAGUAAAUCGUCUCACGCCGAAACUACAGAUAACGAAUGUCAAACAGAAGAACUCCAGGAAGGCAAAGGUGCGCAAAUGAAUAAAAAACUGAAACGUUCAUUACAAGGAAUUAAAGAUAAGAUACAUCGUGUCGUAAACGAAAAACCUGAUCUCUUUGAUGGCGUUAGUGAAGAUACAACUGAACGUCUUGAUCAUCUAAUCUCAACCAUAGAAAAUCAAACAGCAUACAUUAAUAUAUUACAAAGUGAACGUGAUCAAGUUCAGGAACAACUCACUUCACCUUCUGCUGAAAACAGUUCAUCGAUUGUGGAUGAUUAUCAACAACAAAUCCAUCAACUUCAACAGAAUCUCUCGCAAAAAGAUGAACAACAAAGUUUGUUGCAACAAAAUUUAAAUAAUGUCGAAGCUGAACUAGAACAGGUUCGAAAUGAUUAUUCAUCAAUAGUGACUGAAUAUGAGUUGCUUGGUCAACAACAAACACAAGAGUCACAAAAUAGUCAACUUGAAAUUCAGCAACUGAAAGAAGCAGUUGAUCUGAAACAAUCAGUCAAGUAUGAACAUGUCGAAACUCAAACAGAUGAAGAGUAA